AUGCCGGGGUACACAGUAAGCAGUUGAGACUCGAGAUCCCCGGAGUUGUGCGACCGCUCCGCGAACCGCAAACCGGUGAGAAAAAGUUACCAAGAAAGAACUUCGAACUUCGCGCGGGGAAGACGAUUCGAGCGGAACAGACUGCAUCAGUGAUUUAACAUUUUGCAAAUUUUAUUUGCAACUACGGUUCGCCCUUAACGCAGAUCACACAUUUUUCGUCAGGAUGGGAGGAAUAAAAGCCAUUUUGGGAGUGAAGGAACUUUCGGAUCGUAAGGCUGGGCUUUACAGAGCUUUGUUCGCCGAGUUCUUGGGCACGCUGCUGCUGAACUUUUUCGGCUGUGGUGCCGUGGCCAACAAAAACAACGUCGUCGCGAUCAGUCUUGCCUUCGGCCUGACAGUCGCCGUCGUGAUCCAGGCUAUCGGGCACAUUUCCGGAGGGCACGUAAAUCCAGCGGUCACCGUCGGUCUCGCCGUCGUAGGCAAGGUUCCCGUAAUCCGGGCGAUCCUCUACGUGAUAGCGCAGAUCACCGGUGCAAUAGCUGGAUCGGCGAUCGUCAGGGCGUUGUCAACGGAUAGCGCGGAAAUGCAGGAGUUCUUGGGAACGGUGGGACAUGAGCUCCCCGUGAGGGUCGAACAAGCUCUCGGGGUAGAGUUCUUCCUUGGUUUGGUCCUGGUCCUGGUGGUCUGCGGAGCUUGCGACGGGGCCAAGCCCGACAGCAAAGGUAUCGCGCCGAUCAUCAUCGGCUUCGCCGUUACCGUCGGUCACUUCGUUGGGAUUCCAAGAACCGGGUCUGGGAUGAACCCGGCUAGAGCUCUUGGCAGUGCGGUAAUCAUGGGAAAGUUGGACAACCAAUGGCUGUACUGGGUGGGACCACUUCUUGGAGGAAUCGCUGGAGCUUUGAUCUACGAACACGCGUUGGGACCGGCCGAACAACCGGAACCACGAAGACAGUACGAAUUCGCCGUCACCGAGGAGAAAGAGCGAUUCGAGUACAUAGACAGCGGGAGGGACGAACUUUGAAUGAUGCUGAAAAAUGAAAACUAAAAAGAAAAAAGAAUUUCAAUGCAUACAGUAAGAAUAAAGAAACGAUUUGUGAAUACGCAACUUAUUUUGCAGCUGCAGCGACUCAACAAGAAGGGUGCGACUCCUGCUUGAUCCGGGGCUUAAAACCGGUCUUUGUAACGCCGAAAUUAACCAGCAUGUUGCGCAAUACAAACCGCCAAUUCCACAUAACCAACAUACCCUGCACACAAUUACGCAAUACGUUGAACCGUCGCUUCUCAUCUUCUGUUCGUCCAUUUUCUCAUUCGUGGCUCUUCGGCUUCCAAGUCAUGUUACCUACGUAAUACUAGCGUAAAUUUAAACACAUCGAAAAUUUCAUUAUGAUAAAAAUCCAAAGAUUACUCCACUUGCAGUUUUUAAUUUAGUAAUAAUCAUUCAUCGUUAGAAUAUUCUUUUAAAACUGAUAACCAAAAACCUCUGAAUCCUCGGUGAAGUUAAUUUUCUGAAAUUUACUAAAAAGCUAUUGAACGUUUCGGGGUUUCUUUUGUUUUCGCAUUUGUUUUGGAAAGAAAAAGAAUACUGAAGAGUGAGAAUUAUUAAUAAACACUAUUAUUGACAAAGAUCGCGGUAGACGACAAAAUGUGUUGAAUUGAAAGUUUUUUCAGAAAAUUUCCUCUAUAAUUUUAAGUCAUUGAUAGAAGAUUCACGAAUACGAGAUAACUCAUGAUACGACCGAAUUGUUUUUUUAUCACUCAGACUGUCAUCCGUUGCAGGAUGAACGUCCAGUUUAUCGUUGUAGUAUUAAAUCCUUCAGCCUGUACAGCUGUUACUUUUGACUUGAUUAAACGUUACAGGGAUACAAUUUCGCGACUGUCGAUCUUAGAAUCUUAGGUGUACCGUUCACCGCAAACUUAAGGUUUGAAGUCCUGGUGCCAAUAAAAUUUUGAAAUAUUUACAGAUAUACAAACUCGAAGAUUUUUUAUCAUUACUUUUAUACUACGAGGUCGAUUGCAAAUUUCCCAAUGAAAAUAUUUUGCUGGGUCCAAUUCCGUUAUUCUCACGUGUCGAAAUGAAAUUAUUUUAUCAUUUCACGUUACAGCCAGAAACAUUGUUAGGUAAAAAAAAAAAGAAAAAACAGCGAAAGAAAUUGUAACUUAGGUGAAGUUCAUUAUUUGAGAAUAAAUACUCGGUUGUUGACUGAAUAGGAUAAUCUUAGCGCAAUGAUUGCGCAAACAGUCCAGUCAGAUAAGUCAAAAGAUAUCAGAGCGCGGAAACUGCCUAGCUUAUUUGAACUCGGAAAAGUGGAGUAGAGGACUACGUUAUCAUCCGGUACGAAACUCAACCCGUACCAUCGCAUACUCUCAUAUCAUUUGUGCAUUUAAUUUAUGAUUUAACGAUCACGAGUAUUCUUCUAUUCAUACGUCAUUCUAACAAUAACGUAAUAUUAAUCUAAAUCAUAGAACAUUGAUGUUACGUAAUUUAAUCAUGUAAAUUUUACUCGUAUAAGCCUGUAUCUAUGUCAUUACUGUGUUCUGUAAUAAAACAUAUUUUAUACAUAA